UUCUCCCCCUUACCCUCCGAUCCAAUGGAUUACGAUUUCAGGAACAGCGCAGCCCCGCAGUACGGGGCAAAGAUACCGACGUACCGGCAGCCGUCAUCGUCUUCAUCAACACCGUCAAUCCAACCGGUGUACGGAUCUUCCAUGUACCCGAGGGUCGGUCAACCCGGCCACAACGUAGUUCCCCCGGCGCCGCGUCCCUCCUCCGUUCACCACACCUCUUCUUCGUCCUCUUCCUCUUCCUCUGGAUUGGGCAUUAGGGUUGCUUUAAAACCAGAGUAUCGAAUAACUCCUCCGCCUCAGUUGAUGCCACAAGCAGGAGAUAUUCCUCGUAGCAAUUUCCGGUUUGAUUUUGAUCUUGAGAGAAAAAUCAUAGCUGAGGUGGAGAAGGAAAACCAGAAUUGGAGCAGGAUUGGGUUGGAAAAUCUUCCGUCCAAUGCUACAAAGUCAACAUCCUCAGUGGGUUCUGUUGCUGAUCCUGUAGUGAGCAAAUAUAUUGCAUCUGGACUCAGCCGAGAAGCUGUUCCUAUUGCAGUUAAACAUUAUGGAGACAAUCCAACGAAGGUUCGUGAGUUUGUCAAUAGUUUCAACCUCCUACGAGAAAUGGGAUUCUCAGCAAGCAGUGUUGCCGAGGCCUUGCUCAUGUACGAUAAUGACAGAGACAAGGCGUUGUCACAUUUCCUUAACAGCUCAUCUUGAUUAUGCAGAGAUCUAAUGAUUGUACGUGAGACCUUGCUGGAGUGAUAGUUUCAUACAAACAGUUAUUUUCUGCUUUAGGUAUUUAAGUGGACUGUGUUGUAAAUAUAUAUUCAGUGUUAAA